GUCGCCUUUAUUAGUACGCGAUGCACACGGCGCCAGGGAGUCUCUCGCCGCGGCAAAAGAUCGCGGUGGUGCGGGAUCCCGACAUGCUCACAAGCACGGCCGAGGUGCGGCCGUACAAGACGUACCCGUUCCACGGUCUCCAGCAGUCGCCCACGAAAGGUCCUGGGAAGCGGCUCAGGCACAUCGACAAGAAGGCCCACGCCUCCGCGGCCAUGGGCGACCCUUGGUACCCGUUGGGCCGGCCCUUCACGCCCUUGUCGUCCGUCUCGCCAGCGUCCGUGGUGUCGCACCUGGCCCACGAACCCCAUCCGCCGGUCAAGCCGACGGAUUUGGACCAAGUCGAAGCGUGGCUCAAGAGCCUCGAGGCCGAAGCGCAGCACUUUACGUCGUACUUUCUCUUUUGCGAAAUGAAGUUUCAGCAGACGGCGGUGCUCGCGUCGGGGAAGGACGUGCCGAACCGGCUGCGCACCGCGGUUGCGUUCUACUGCCUCCAGCAAGCCUCGUCGAUCUUUGGCCGCUACCAAAGCGUUCUCGACACCAUCUGCCUGAACCUCGGGGCGGCGAUCUACACGCAGUUUUCCGGCUUGCGCCGGGGCAACCCGCUCACGGCGCUCGAGUGCUACCAGGCCGGCGUCACCUACUUUGAGCAGUGUCGCACGCUCCAAGCCCAGAACCACGAGCUCAAGCAGAACAACGUCGAGACAGAAGCCACGGUCAUUCGGCUCCAGCAGCAACUGCAGCAGCUGGAGACGCAGAACCAACUCUUGCGGCAGCGGACCUCGGUCGGGAGCGCGCACUCGCACCCGCGCUCGGACGCGGUGACCCACGAACACGUCGGGCUCGUCGUCAACACGGUUCAUGGCCUGGAGAAGAACGACCAGCUGCAAUUGAUUGUGGGGCUGGUCGAGCACCUUGGCUCGGAUAUCCACACGGACACGCUGCUUAUGAUGAUCGACAACCUUCCGCCGCAUGCGCGCCAGCAGCUCAUCGACCAGCUCUUCCAGGAGCACGCCCAAGACUUGCGAGCACAAGCCGAGGCCGAGGCGGCGAUCCAAGAGGUGCGUCGACGACACGAAGACGACGAUCGGCUGCGGGCGCUCCACGACAAGUACCAGUCGCUCAUCCUCGAUGUCUUGAACGGAACGCCCGUCGCAUCGCUCGACGUGCCGCUGGCCGAUCGUGAGACGAUGCAGGCCCUCGGUCGCGUCGUCGACGCCCUCGGGCGCGAGAAGGACCGCGUCGCGAAGCUGGAGGCCCGCCUGUUUGCCCUCAGCGUCACCCGCUCCAAGGCGCACAAGACGAUCGUGAGCUCUGCCAGCACGCGCUGCGCCGAGCUCGAGGCCACGAUUGCGGCCCUCGAAGCCGACAAGCAGCUGCUUCAAGACACGUGCACCAAGCUCGAAUUCCAGACGCGGCGAGUCACCUCGACUGACGUCGCGACGCAGGUCAACAAAGCCGAACUCCGCCAAAGUCUGCUUCAGCCGGAGAGAGAGCGGUCGAUCCUCACGUCGGCCGCGACACCUGCGACAUGGCUCCACGUCACGGAAGGCCCCAAAGUCCACAAACGAUUUCCGGGGCUCUAUACCAUGAUCCAAGACGCCAACUACUCGGUCAAUAGCGUCAAGCGCAUCUUGUCCAAGAAACGCCCGCUCUCGCUCGUCGAGAUGCACGUGACGAUCGCGGGCUUGUACCAAAGCAAGCUGUGCCAGGACAUUGGGGACGACAACAUGCACCGGCACCGCGACGGCUUGUCGCAGAUGCUGCUGGACGCGUACACCGUCUACUAUGGCCUCAAGGAGCUCGCGAUGGGGCAGCUCAUCCACCUCGACACGGCCGUGCGCCGGUUUGCGUCCAAGAGCAGCCGGAUCCGCCUCUUUGGGCUCCUCGUUGGGUCGCUCGAGCCCGGCAGUUUUGCGUCGUCGGCCCAAGCCAUCGAUUUCUUCAUGUUCGUGGUUGGCGUCCUCUUCAACGUUGGCAACUAUCGACUGAAUGCUGACAAGGCCAUGGCGAACGUCAAGCAGCUCAAAGCGUGGUUUGGCGACGGCAUGCCCGGCAGCGCGACGCUCAAAAUGGACAAGCUCGUCCAAACCGUCCACAUCGUCUUUGCGUACAACCACGUGACGCCGACGUUCCUGGACGAGCUCGGCAGUCUUCAAAGUGCCAGCGGCGACGUCGACUUGGACGUGGCGCUGGAGAAAAUCAUGUUUUACUGGCUCACGCUCUACGGCCAGCAGAUCGAGACGAUGCACACCGUCUUCGGCCUCGCCGACAAGGACGGCAACGGCGUCCUCGACUUUCAAGAGUUCAGCCUCGUCGUGCACCACUUGGAUCCCGAGUGCGACCGCCGCGACGUCCUCGCGCUCUACAACCGCGUCGCGGGCGCCGACAACGUCAUCGACAUCCACGAGUUUGUCGUGGGUAUGAUUCUACACCAGCGGGAUUUGAUGCUGCAGUCGUACUUUGCCGCGCCAAGUGCCAAGCCGUCGCCGUCGACGCCGCUCCUCGAUGCCGACAAGAAGCAAGGGGCCAAAAUGGAUAGUACGACGGCGCAGCUUGCACUGAACGUAUCCCGUCGGCUCUCGACGCUCGUCGACCAGAUGCAGUCGCAGGAGGAAAGCGCAUCGGUCCUCGCUGACGACGGCAUCGCCGACGAUGCAAAGUCGGCCGAAGAGCGACUCGUCGAGGAGCAUGCAGUGCAGUGGGACGCGCACAUCGAUGACGUGGUGUCGCAGUUCAUGGGCCACGUCCAUCCAUCCACGCACGGACCAGUCUCGUAGCGCUGCCACGUGUUGUCUUGAGGUUUGUAUCCAAUACAUCAAUAGAGAUAAGAGCACACGACCAAUCAGAAUACGUUCUAAAGCGCAACUCCAUGUUUGCAAUACAAGCACGU